AUGGCUGAUGCAGGACGUGGUCGUGGCGGAUUUGGACGCGGACGUGGUGACAGAGGACGUGGCCGCAGAGGCCCACGAGGUGGACGCAAGGAGGAAGACAAGGAGUGGGUUCCCGUUACCAAGCUCGGACGAUUGGUGAAGGAUGGCAAAAUCAGAUCCAUGGAGGAAAUCUACCUCUUCUCUCUCCCCGUCAAGGAAUUCCAAAUCAUCGACCACUUCCUCCCCGGUCUCAAAGAUGAAGUCAUGAAGAUCAUGCCAGUGCAAAAGCAAACCCGUGCCGGUCAGCGCACACGUUUCAAGGCUUUCGUCGCCAUCGGUGACUUCAACGGCCAUGUCGGUCUUGGUGUCAAGUGCGCGAAGGAAGUCGCUACUGCUAUCCGUGGCGCCAUCAUCCUCGCCAAGCUGUCCGUUAUUCCCGUCCGAAGAGGUUACUGGGGUGCCGCUCUUGGUGAGCCACACACAGUGCCCUCGAAGGUCAGCGGAAAGGUCGGCUCCGUCAUGUGUCGUUUGAUCCCUGCUCCCCGUGGAACGGGUAUCGUCGCCGCGCCAGCCUCGAAACGACUGCUCCAAUUGGCCGGUGUCGAGGAUUGUUAUACGCAAUCCAAGGGUUCAACAGCCACGAUGGGUAACUUCUUGAAGGCCACUUUCGCUGCGAUCACCAAAACAUACGCCUUCCUGACACCCGAUCUCUGGCGCGAGAUCCCGCUUUCCAAACUUCCUUACGACGAGUUCAGCGCACACCUACAACUCCAAGCGGCGAAGAAGGCAUACUGA